UUAUUAGAAAAAGCCAAUCAAAGUAUUAACUUCGAUAGUCCCUCCAAAUUGCCCACAGAGUGGCUGUCAAGCCAACCCAAGAAAAAGUAGUGUAAAAGUGGGAUAUGUUUUAGGCCUUUCCAGAUCAAGCGCAGCAUCGAAUCGAUCUAUUGGAGCCUUUGGUAUUUUCGCGUAUCUUUUUUUCAUGCUGGAUUUGGGGAUCGAUACGUUUAAUUUGGGUCUGGGUGGCGAAAGAGUGGCGAUUGUUGCGUAUCUGCGUAAAAUGGUGUUGGAAGUGGGUGAAUAGCGGGAGGAAGGCCUGGAGGAUACAUCUGAUUCUAGGUGGAGUUUUGUGCAUCUGGUUUUAUAGCGCAUGAUACUCGCUUGCGGAUACUCUAAGUCCCGGGGGUCUGUGCAGGCGUGGUUGUGUUGUUCUUGCCGGAGUUGAAUUGAUUUGUGGUAUAUGGUUUUAAAUUGGAUUUUGUGAAUGCGUGCAUUCGGUAGUCGAACGGUUAUUGUGCUUGAGAGGCAUGGGUUGGAGUGAGAUUUGGGUUUUCUUGAGGAGUUUUCGUUGUUUGUUGCGUUUGUAGGGAUGAAGAGGUUGAAAGGUGAGUCUCCAAGUGUGAGGAGGUUCAGAUUGUCAUACAUUUUAUUCGGUGCAGGUGUUCUAUAUUUGAUUCUUAUUUUCGUCAAGUUCCCUGAAUUCUUGGAGAGUGCAGCAGUUUUAAAUGGCGAUGAUACAAGUGGUGGUUUUGAAGGAUUCUCAUUUGGGAAUGAUGAUGCCAGCGAGACAACUAAAUCAUUUGUUGCUUCUGAUGGCUUUCAGAGGAUAUUGCAAGAUAAUGAAAAUCAAGAUGCCCCUGUAAAGCCCGAACAAGAGGCUACAAAAGAGGGUAGAAGUGGCUAUUUUCCGAAUAGGUCCCCGCAGCAACAAUAUGGUCGAAUAACUGCUGAAGUUUUGAGACGAAUAAAUAGGACUAAAAACUUGACUGUUCUGGAAAGAAUGGUGGAUGAAGCUUGGUCUCUAGGGUUGAAAGCUUGGGAAGAAAUAGAUAAAUUUGAUGAAAAAGAUAUUGACAUGAGCACUAUACUAGAGGGAAAGCCAGAAUCUUGUUCAUCAUGGGUUUCAAUGAGUGGAGAAGAGUUAAUUAAGAGCAAUAAUAUUAUCUUUCUUCCAUGCGGUCUUGCGGCUGGUUCUUCCAUCACAGUGGUUGGGACUCCACGACAUGCACACCAUGAAUAUGUCCCACAAUUGGCUAAAUUGAAACAUGGUAAUGGACUAGUUUUGGUGUCACAGUUUAUGGUUGAGCUGCAAGGAUUGAAGGCUGUCCAUGGAGAGGAUCCGCCAAAGAUUUUCCAUUUGAACCCUCGCUUAAGAGGUGACUGGAGUCAUCAGCAAGUUAUCGAACAUAAUACAUGUUACCGAAUGCAAUGGGGAAAAGCCCAAAGGUGUGAUGGUUUUCCUUCCAAAAGCGAUGAAGAUAUGCUGGUUGAUGGGUACUUGCGGUGUGAAAAAUGGAUGCGUAAUGAUGUAAUAGAUGCUAAGGAGUCCAAGAUAUUUUCAUGGUUUGAGCGAUUCAUAGGACGUGCGAAAAAACCAGAAAUAACUUGGCCAUUCCCAUUUCAAGAAGGCCGAAUGUUUGUUCUGACUAUACGUGCUGGAGUUGAUGGAUUUCAUGUGAUUGUUGGGGGUCACCAUGUGACAUCAUUUCCAUACCGAAUGGGUUUUACACUGGAAGAUGCAACAGGGUUGACCAUAAAAGGUGAUGUGCAUGUUCAUUCAAUAUAUGCUACAUCUCUGCCUAUCUCUCACCCCAGUUUCUCACCCCAAAGAGUCUUAGAUUUCUCUGAGAGGUGGAAAUCUCGGCCUUUACCCCCGGGUCCAAUUCAACUCUUUAUGGGGGUUCUCUCAGCCACCAAUCACUUUGCAGAGCGUAUGGCUGUUAGAAAGACAUGGAUGCAAUCCUCUUCAAUCAAGGCAUCAAAAGUAGCAGUUCGAUUCUUUGUUGCACUGAAUCAAAGGAAUGAGGUGAAUGCAAUUUUGAAGAAGGAAGCUGCCUACUUCGGUGAUAUAGAGAUAUUGCCAUUUAUGGAUCGUUAUGAGCUUGUAGUUCUUAAAACUGUGGCCAUUUGUCAGUAUGGGGUUGAAAAAGCAAUGGCAGCCUACAUUAUGAAAUGUGAUGAUGAUACUUUUAUUAGGGUCGGCACAAUUUUAAAAGACAUUGAUGGCGUGCCUCCUGGAAGGUCCUUGUAUUUGGGGAAUCUAAACCUCUUGCACAGGCCUCUUAGGAAUGGUAAAUGGGCAGUCUCAUAUGAGGAGUGGCCGGAAGAAAUUUAUCCCCCGUAUGCCAAUGGGCCUGGAUAUGUAAUAUCAAGUGACAUUGCCCGCUACGUUGUCUCUCAACAUGCAAACCAUAGUCUACGGCUGUUCAAAAUGGAAGAUGUGAGCAUGGGAAUGUGGGUUCAACAGUUCAACAGCACCAAACAUGUCCUAUAUUUGCACAAGUGGAAAUACUGCCAAUACGGAUGCAUGGAAGACUACCACACCGCGCACUACCAAUCUCCAAGACAGAUGAUAUGCUUGUGGGAUAAUUUGCAGAAGGGCAAGGCUCAUUGCUGUAAUUUUUGAGGCGAGACAUGACAUUGCAGCCUGGCUAUUAGCGACGUACUUUGUCCAUUCCUCCUAUAGCUGCAACCAAGCAAUCCCAAGACACAAAUUUUUGAUGAGGUAUCUCUAUCUCAUUCUAUUAUGUUCUAUCAAUGCCUUUCCAACAACAAUGAUGUCCUUCCUUGUAGUCUGUAUAGGACUGUUGCGAUGAUGUAGCCAUUCUUGGGGUA